GGCAGCCGAUGCCGCGUACGUGAUAAACAACAUUAGGCUGGAAUUUGAUAAGCUCAGUCAUGAAGGUCUCGCGAGCGCCAUGAUGUCGAGGUAUGCAAGAUUGGCCCUGCCAUACGAAAGAAUACUCCGUAGCAAGAUUAAAAGAAUUAAGUAUGCAGCGUUUAUUAAUUCAUCAUGCUAAACAAGUUGUUAAAGUUUGUGAAAAUGGUGAACUCGUGUUGUGUGGUGAACAAACAAAAACUGUUUCAUUACUGGACAGCAAAGAUGGUGAAACUGGCUAUUCUUUAGUGGUGAAUGAAAAAGGUGCAAUUGAGGCAAUUGGAAGUGACAUUGAAAUCAAAAAAAGGUUCUCUGAUGGCUGUUUUACAAAAGAGAUUGAUGCCAGUGGAAAAUGUGUGCUGCCAGGUCUAAUAGAUGGCCACACACAUCCUGUGUGGUUAGGAGACAGAGUGCAUGAAUUUGCCAUGAAGUUGGCUGGAGCCACCUACAUGGAUAUUCAUAAGAUGGGUGGCGGUAUACACUUCACCGUGCAGCAUGUCGAAGAUGCAACUGAAGACGAACUAUAUGAUGCUCUUUUGAAGAGAUUGCAUGCCAUGCUUCGAUGUGGGACAACAACAAUCGAAGCAAAAAGUGGUUAUGGUUUGGACGCAAAAAACGAGAUAAAGAUGCUGCGUGUGUUAACUCGAGCGCAAAAGGAAUUUCCUAUGAUUGAAAUAUCCAGUACAUAUUGCGGUGCUCAUGCUAUUCCAAGAGGCAAAACAAUGGAAGAAGCUACAGAUGAUAUUGUUAACAACCAGAUCCCCACUAUAAAAAAACUCAUGGAUCAAGGCCAAUUACUCGUUGAUAAUAUUGAUGUGUUUUGCGAAAAAGGAGUUUUCGAUACAGAAGCUAGUCGACAGAUAUUAGAAGCAGGCAAGAAAAUCGGUUUGCACAUCAACUUUCAUGGGGACGAACUACAUCCUAUGAAAUCUGGAGAGCUUGGUGCAUUACUCAAUGCUCGUGCAAUCAGUCACUUGGAAGAAGUCAGCGAUGCAGGUGUUGUGGCUAUGGCGGACAAAUGCGUCACUGCUGUUCUUCUGCCAACAACUGCUUACAUCUUGAAAUUGAAACCACCGCCUGCUCGUCAAUUAAUCGAACAAGGUGUACCUGUAGCUUUGGGCUCUGAUUUUAAUCCAAAUGCAUUUUGCUAUUCUAUGCCAGUUGUCAUGCACAUGGCGUGUUGUAUUUUACGGAUGUCAAUGACAGAGUCUCUGAUUGGCGCAACAUUAAAUGCGGCCGCUUCUAUUGGUUUAUCCAAAACUCAUGGAUCACUUGAGGUUGGCAAGCAAGCUGAUAUACUGAUUAUCGAUGCACCAAAAUGGGAGCAUUUAAUUUACCAAUUCGCCGGUCACGAUCAACUUAUUGAUUACGUCAUUAAACGAGGUGACGUCGUUUACUCCAAAACACCCAUCUAGAUCACCUGCAACAUGAAUCAUGCGAAAAAACGAAAAUUAAUCAACCAUGUAUUACACGUUUUUUAUUAGCAAAACGUUUAUAAACCCAUCUAGGUUCACAUUUGUUCAGCAGCAUAUACUAAGCAUAUCACCAAGCCUUAUUCUAGAGAAACUUGAUGUUUGAUUAUUUCUUUCUAUUAGGAAAUUUCAUAUGCUUAUAAAAAACAAACUAAAAAAAUAGCUAUUUAUUUGGAAAAGUCUAGAGUAUACAGGCUCUUGUCACAAUUAUGGAAAAAAUAUAAUAAAAAAAUGAAGUUAGUUUCGAAAUUCAUUGCCACAAGUAUUGCAGAGUUUGACCACUGGACGCUUUUGUGCAUAUUUAAAAAAAUCUUAUAUAGAGAAAUCUCCUGUGGUUAAAUAAAGUUGUAGCUAUUUGCUCUCGGAUACUUAUUGCAGGACGGGGGUCUAUUUAAUUUUUUAAUCUUCAAGAAAAUGUCAGGAAUCUUUAUUUCAGAUCUAUAAUAUUUUUAUUAACAUGCUGUAUUUAAAUGUACUUUUUUUUAGUACAAUCCGAGCUUUUUUUCAUGCUUACCCCCCUGCAGAUUAAAUUGAGCUUGGAACUAUGUUAAAAAUACCAAUAUAUAUAGAUAGACAUA